CUCGCUCGCUCUGUGAUUCCACUCCAGUUCGGGCAAGAGCUUAGUAUUUGAUUUUGUCUCAGCGAAGAGUUCUGAUUUGCAGUUGGAAAUAAUCAAUGCCAUGGAAGAUCAAACCCAAGAAACUGUUGCUCAGAUAUGCGGUGUUGUUUCAGUUCAUGAACAAACCCAAGAAUUGAACAAUUUAGGGAAUGACGAUAAUGUUUCAAAUAAAGUUUGUGAAAUCUCAUCAGAUCAGGAACGGAACCUUUCCUUUUUGCAGAGGAUUGGUGCUUUGAGCACCAAAAUUCAGAAUUUGAAAGAGGAGCACGUGGUUCUAUCUGAUGAAGUAAGCGGCAUUGCGGCAGAAUCCUUUCCUGGCUCCAAUGUUUUGGAAGCUCUUCAGUCUUUCUAUACUGAACAUGAAACUCUGAAGAAGAAAUACCUUGAGGAGUGUUCUCAGCGGAAGCGGCUCUACAAUGAAGUAAUUGAGCUUAAAGGAAACAUAAGAGUCUUCUGUAGAUGCAGACCUCUAAAUCAAGAUGAGAUUGCAAGUGGCUUGUCCUCUGUGCUAGAUUUUGAUCCGUCUCAAGAUUCUGAGCUUCGGAUUAUUUUCUCUGAUUCGUCCAGAAAACAAUUCAAGUUUGACCAUGUCUUUGGUCCUCUUGACAACCAAGAGGCCGUUUUUGCACAGACUUCACCUGUGGUGACUUCAGUUCUGGACGGUUUUAAUGUCUGCAUUUUUGCUUAUGGGCAGACUGGAACUGGGAAGACAUUUACUAUGGAAGGAACACCUAAAAACAGGGGAGUUAAUUAUAGGACGUUGGAGGAAUUGUUCAGGAUUUCGGAGCAGAGAAGCAGUACCAUGAGAUAUGAACUGUUUGUGAGCAUGCUAGAAAUUUACAAUGACAUGAUAAGGGAUCUUCUUGCAGAGAAUUCCAACCAACCUCUGAAGAAGUUGGAGAUAAAACAAGCAGCAGAGGGAACACAGGAAGUCCCUGGGAUUUUUGAAGCUCGUGUGUAUGGCACAGAUGAGGUGUGGGAGCUUUUAAAGACUGGAAGUCAAAUCAGAUCUGUUGGAUCAACUAAUGCUAAUGAGCUCAGCAGCCGCUCCCACUGCUUAUUCCGAGUAACUGUUAAGGGAGAGAAUUUGAUAAAUGGGCAAAGGACCAAAAGCCACCUCUGGUUAGUUGACUUGGCUGGAAGUGAACGAAUUGGGAGGACUGAAGUUGAGGGUGAAAGGUUGAAGGAGUCUCAGUUUAUUAACAAGUCCCUCUCGGCACUUGGCGAUGUUAUCUCUGCUCUGGCAAACAAGACAGCUCACAUACCAUAUAGGAACUCAAAGCUCACUCAUUUGCUGCAGAGCUCUCUGGGAGGAGACUGCAAGACCCUUAUGUUUGUUCAGAUAAGCCCAAGUGCUGCUGACUUGGGAGAGACCCUAUGCUCUGUGAACUUUGCUAGCCGAGUCCGGGGAAUUGAGCAUGGCGCUGCCCAUAAACAAGCAGACCCUACUGAACUUUUCAAGUACAAACAGAUGGCUGAGAAGCUGAGACAGGAUGAGAAGGAAAGAAAAAAAUUACAGGAUAGCUUGCAGUCAUUGCAGUUGAGGUUUGCAGCCAGGGAACAACUCUGCAGAAGCCUUCAGGAAAAGGUUCGAGAUCUUGAGAGGCAACUGGCAGAAGAGAGGAAAGUUAGACUGCAGCAUGAAAAUAGAACUUCUUUUUCAUCUGCUAAAUCAUCAGCAUUGAUGUAUCUUCAACUAGGCCAGAGUAGCACAAGAGAGAGAAUGCCACCACUGGCUCCAUCAAAGACGAGAGUGCCACUGAGAGGAAUCACCAACCAUUGGCCUCAAUCUCCCGCUCAACCGAGGAAAAUUAACAUUGCCAACCAUUGGCCUGAGUCUCCAGCUCCACCCAGGAAAAAUAACAUUGCGAACCUUUGGCCUCAGUCUCCAGCUCCGCCUAGGAAAAGUAAUAUUGCCAUAUCGAACUCAGCUUCAGUGGAGGACAAGGACUCGAAGACAAUGAAUACCACAAAGACUCUAAUGAGACCAAGACGGAUCUCAAUUGCUGCUGUUCGAGCUCUUCCUUCAGCAACCGCCCAAUUUCAUCAGCCUAAAAGACGGGUGUCUAUUGCAACAACUCACCCUGCUUCAAUGAUGACACCAGCCACCACUUCCAAGAUGGGCCGAUUUGCAUUUUCAAGGGAUCCACAGAAGAAUCAGAGGGUCUCCAGGAUUUUCUCGCCAUUGCCACAACUUAGAACUGUUUCUGUAGAGGCAACACCAGUUGGCACCAGGAGCAAAUUCUUGGAUAGCCCAACAAUGCAGGUUGGCUCUAGGAUUCCAAAGCAUCCUACAGUGGUAGCUUUACAAAGGAGACACUUUGUGUGGAGCCCACUCAAGCAGAGAGGCCUGAAGAAUGAUAGGAAGUACUGAUUUUUGGAGAAUUGAGCUUCUGGUGAAUUUUCAUCAAUUCAUCACCUCAAAGGCAGCCAAUGUCAUCUUAUGAUUGUUUAUUGUAAUAUCUUACCCAUACAAGUUUUUAGAUAUGAUGCAAAUCGUAUAUAGUAUGUACAUAAUAUAGUGACAAAUAUGUAAUGUCAUACGAUGUAAUUUGUGUAAUCAGUUCUGAUUAUUUCAUUAGAGUCUUGAAAUUGGAUGAUCUUUAAUAU